GUGUGAUUUUGUAGUGUCAAAACGUUUAUUCGUAACAAUGAAUAAUUCGUAACGUGGUCAAGAAUAACGGGAAAAAGAGUUCGUUUAUUUUACUAUUAAAUUAAAGAACAGGCUGUGUAGUAUACGAGUUAGAUGCACGUGUACGACGCAGUUACUAUGACGACGCAAACAUGUGAUAGUAGGUAGUGUUGUGACAUCUGCCAGCUGAUUACCAAACCUGUUAACUCCGAAGCCUGCGCAUAGGCUUCGAAGGGCAAGCGAGUUUAGUAAUGGCCGCCGGUGGUAGUAGUUGGAGUGCGAUGGAUCCUUCGUUUGAGACUCAAAAUGGUGCGGUGGAUCGUUUAAAAAAACUGUAUCCGGCAGUGAACGAAGAGAAGAGUCCCCUGCCACGUGCGUGGAGUGCGAAAGAAAAAUAUAACUACAUCGGGUUAUCCCAGAAUAAUUUGCGUGUACAUUACAAAGGUACGCCCGCUGAAAAAUACCAGCCCCAGUUCGAGGGUAUACCAACUAAAAGGGUGUUGCUGUGCAAAUUAUCAUCGUAAUCGCGAACUGUACCUGUUCACUCAUCAGUAUCUUGUAAAGCAGCCAUUUAAGCCAUCCUCGAUUUCACCUGCCAUAUGGACACUUUGGGAUUAGAUACGAAUUGGAAUAACAAGAUUUAACCGGGGCAUAUAAUAACCAGCAAGGGGAUACUUUCUUUUCGUCUGUUUUAAUGUAAAGUGAAUCGUUAAUGUUAAGAGGUACUUAAAGGUAUAAUUACUCGAAUCGUUAUUGUAACUAAACGCCAUGCAAUUGAUUGGUG